GCUGUCUUGUCAGCCGUGGAUUUUGCAGAGGUGAAAGAGAGGAGUAUGUCCUGUCUGUGCCAUGCCCCAAACUGGACCUUAGUGGCUAGCUGCUGAGGGAAAUAAGGCACAAAAGAGAGAGCCAAAUCUUUAAAACGAGGACAGGAAAGUCCUCAGACAAUCUCCCUCUCACACACCUGUGAGGGCUCACUCUCUGACAAAAGAACAGCCGAGAAGAGGAGGAACAAAAAGAUAAUUAGGAGCCAAGAAGAUAAGGCUAAAGGGGAGACUUUGGGUCCAGACUCCCUUCCUUCAUUCAUCCCUCCUUUUUCAGUUCCCACCUGUGUGGAUUAAUUGGGCUGGAGAACCAUGGCGCAUGCCGCUUCGCAGCUGAAGAAAAAGGCGGACGAGAACCUCGCUGCAGAGGAAGAGAAGGAGAAGGAGAGGAAGAAGUCAAGGAAACGGUCUCGCGAACCGAAGAAAAAGACAGAUGUAAACGCUUGUUAUCUGCGGGCUGCUCGGGCUGGCAACCUUGAGAAAGCGUUGGAUUACCUGAAAAAUGGGGUCGACAUUAAUAUUUGCAAUCAGAAUGGCCUCAAUGCUCUCCAUCUGGCCUCGAAGGAGGGCCAUGUGGAAGUGGUGGCUGAGCUCAUCAAGCAGGGUGCCAAUGUGGAUGCUGCUACUAAGAAAGGAAACACUGCCCUCCACAUAGCUUCUCUUGCUGGACAGACAGAGGUGGUGAAGGAGCUUGUCACCCACGGUGCCAACGUCAAUGCUCAGUCUCAGAAUGGCUUCACUCCGCUGUAUAUGGCAGCGCAGGAGAAUCACUUGGAUGUGGUGCAGUUCUUAUUGGACAAUGGCUCCAGCCAGAGCAUCGCCACUGAGGAUGGUUUCACUCCGCUGGCGGUUGCACUGCAGCAGGGCCAUGACCAGGUAGUUUCCCUUUUGCUGGAAAAUGACACCAAGGGCAAGGUCCGCCUCCCAGCGUUGCACAUCGCUGCACGUAAAGAUGACACCAAGGCUGCCGCCCUCCUCCUCCAGAACGACCACAAUGCUGAUGUGGAGUCUAAGAUGAUGGUGAAUAGAACAACAGAGAGCGGUUUCACUCCUCUGCAUAUUGCAGCUCACUACGGCAACAUCAACGUAGCAACACUGCUGCUUAACAGAGGGGCAGCUGUGGACUUCAAGGCGAGGAACGACAUAACACCGCUGCACGUAGCAUCCAAACGUGGGAACAGCAACAUGGUGCGACUGCUGCUGGAGAGAGGGGCCAAGAUAGAUGCACGCACCAAGGACGGUCUAACUCCUCUUCACUGUGGCGCCAGGAGUGGCCAUGAGCAAGUAGUGGAGAUGCUGCUGAACAGAGGAGCUCCAAUACUGUCAAAGACCAAGAACGGUCUGUCUCCUCUUCACAUGGCGACGCAAGGCGACCACCUAAACUGUGUUCAGCUGCUGCUGCACCACGACGUGCCCGUGGACGACGUGACAAACGACUACCUGACGGCACUGCACGUUGCCGCCCACUGUGGGCACUACAAGGUGGCGAAGGUCAUCGUGGACAAGAAAGCCAAUCCCAACGCCAAGGCGCUGAAUGGUUUCACUCCCCUGCACAUUGCCUGCAAGAAAAACAGACUUAAGGUGAUGGAGCUGCUUCUGAAGCAUGGAGCGUCUAUACAGGCUGUCACAGAGUCCGGUCUGACGCCGAUCCACGUUGCAGCUUUUAUGGGACAUGAAAACAUCGUCCAUCAGCUAAUCAACCACGGGGCUUCACCAAACACAAGCAAUGUGAGGGGGGAGACGGCACUCCACAUGGCAGCGAGGGCGGGACAGUCCAACGUGGUCCGGUAUCUGAUUCAGAAUGGAGCACGAGUCGACGCCAAGGCCAAGGAUGACCAGACUCCUCUGCACAUCUCAAGCCGUCUCGGUAAGCAAGAUAUUGUGCAGCAGCUCCUGGCGAGCGGAGCAUGCCCAGAUGCCACGACCAACUCUGGAUACACUCCCCUACACCUAGCCGCCAGGGAGGGGCACAGAGAUAUAGCUGCAACGCUGCUGGACCAUGGAGCUAGUCUGGGCAUUACUACUAAGAAGGGCUUCACUCCUUUGCACGUCGCAGCAAAAUACGGGAAAAUUGAGGUGACCAACCUGCUGCUGCAGAAGAAUGCUCAGCCUGAUGCUGCUGGAAAGAGUGGACUAACUCCACUGCAUGUAGCAGCACACUAUGAUAACCAGAAGGUGGCGCUGCUCUUGCUCAACCAGGGAGCCUCACCGCACGCUGCUGCAAAGAAUGGUUACACUCCACUACAUAUUGCAGCUAAAAAGAAUCAGAUGGAGAUAACGACCACCUUACUGGAAUACAGCGCCUCUACCAACUCUGUAACGCGGCAGGGCAUCACUCCCCUGCACCUUGCAGCGCAGGAAGGAAACGUGGACAUUGUGACGCUGCUGCUGGCUCGGGAUGCUCCUGUUAACAUGGGCAAUAAGUCUGGUUUGACUCCACUUCACCUGGCUGCCCAGGAGGAUAAAGUCAAUGUUGCUGAGGUCUUGUGCAACCAAGGAGCCUUCAUAGACCCAGAGACCAAGCUUGGAUACACUCCACUUCAUGUGGCCUGUCACUAUGGCAACGUGAAGAUGGUUAACUUUCUGCUGAAAAAUCAGGCGAAGGUCAACGCCAAGACAAAGAACGGCUACACACCUCUCCAUCAGGCUGCACAGCAGGGACACACACACAUCAUCAACUUGCUGUUACACCAUGGAGCAUCGCCCAAUGAACUCACUAAUAAUGGAAACAGCGCUCUGUCCAUUGCAAGGAGGCUUGGCUACAUCUCUGUUGUGGACACGCUCAAGGUGGUCACAGAGGAGACUCUGACCACUCAGACUGUAAUCGAGAAGCACAAAAUGAAUGUCCCCGAGACCAUGAACGAGGUGCUGGACAUGUCCGAUGAUGAAGGUGACGAUGCGAUGACGGGGGACACGGACAAAUAUAUGGCCCCCCAGGAUCUGCGGGAACUGGGCGACGACUCACUCCCUCAGGAUGGCUACAUGGGCUUCAGCAUUGGUGCACGAUCUCAGAGCCUUCGUUCCUUCAGUUCUGAUAGGUCCAACAUGCUGAACCGGAGCUCGUUUACACGGGACAGCAUGAUGAUAGAGGAGAUACUGGCGCCGAGUAAGGAGAUGCAUUUGGCAGCGGCUAAGGACUUUGACAGCGACUCUCUGAGGAGGUACAGCUGGACUGCUGAUGCACUGGAUAAUGUCAACCUAGUGUCUUCACCAAUACAUUCCGGGUUCCUGGUCAGCUUCAUGGUCGACGCCAGGGGUGGUUCCAUGAGAGGAAGCCGUCACAACGGCAUGCGAAUCAUCAUCCCACCCAGAAAGUGCACAGCACCCACCCGGAUCACGUGUCGACUAGUGAAGAGGCACAAAUUGGCGUCGCCUCCCCCGAUGGUGGAAGGAGAAGGCCUGGCCAGCAGACUUGUUGAGGUCGGUCCCGCAGGAGCGCAGUUCCUUGGGCCUGUGAUAGUGGAGAUCCCUCAUUUUGGCUCGAUGCGGGGCCAGGAGAGAGAGCUGAUCCUGCUGCGCAGUGAGAACGGAGAAACCUGGAAGGAGCAUCUGUACGACUGCAAGACUGACGACCUCAAUCAGCUCCUCAAUGGCAUGGACGAAGAACUGGACAGUCCCAACGAGCUGGAGAGGAAGAGAAUCUGCCGCAUUAUCACCAAGGAUUUCCCGCAAUACUUUGCAGUAGUGUCUCGUAUCAGACAAGAGACGCACCAGAUGGGACCAGAGGGCGGGACUCUGUGCAGUCGCAGCGUCCCAUUGGUUCAGGCUUCCUUUCCAGAGGGCGCACUAACCAAGAAAAUCAAGGUUGGAUUGCAGGCUCAGCCGGUACCCGAUGAGGCCGUGAAGAAAAUCCUUGGUAAUCGAGCAACCUUCAGCCCCAUUGUUACCGUGGAGCCAAGAAGAAGGAAGUUCCAUAAACCAAUCACCAUGACAAUCCCAGUCCCGCCCCUCUCAGGGGAGGGGCUUACAAAUGGCUACAAAGGAGACUAUACUCCCUCCCUGCGCCUUCUCUGUAGCAUCACAGGUGGUACAUCACCAGCACAGUGGGAAGACAUCACAGGCACAACUCCUCUCACCUUUGUUAAUGACUGCGUCUCCUUCACCACUAAUGUUUCUGCCAGGUUCUGGUUAGCAGACUGCCACCAGAUACCAGAGACGGUGGGCCUGGCCACGCAGCUCUACAGGGAGCUGAUCUGUGUACCCUACAUGGCCAAGUUUGUGGUGUUUGCUAAGAUGAAUGACCCAGUGGAGUCCAGCCUGAGGUGCUUCUGUAUGACGGAUGACAAGGUGGAUAAAACCCUGGAGCAGCAGGAGAAUUUUGAGGAGGUGGCCAGAAGCAAAGACAUAGAGGUUCUGGAGGGCAGGCCUAUAUAUGUGGAUUGUUAUGGGAACUUGGCGCCCCUGACCAAAGCUGGUCAGCAGUUAGUUCUUAACUUCUACGCCUUCAAGGAGAACCGUCUGCCUUUCUGCGUCAAGGUCAGAGAUCCCAGUCAAGAGCCGUGUGGUCGUCUCACUUUCCUGAAAGAAUGUAAGAUCACGAAAGGCCUUCCACAAACUGCCGUGUGCAACCUGAACAUCACGCUUCCCGCAGUGAAAAAGACUGAAAAGCCAGAUCGACAACGUCAUACCUUUGCAUCCCUAGCCUUACGUAAGCGCUACAGCUAUCUGGCCGAGCCUGCACUGAAAACAGCAGUUGAACGAAGCGCAGCAGCAAGAGCAUUGCCUGCUGGUUACCCUCACAAACCUGUCUUUCCAACCAGACCUUGCCCACCAUGGUCGACUGCUCCUAUUACCGUCCCUGGCCAAACAAGGUCCGUCGGAAUGGGGGGUGCCCUCAUCUCUACCGAUUCACCGGCAGCCUCACCAGCUGCUUCUCCACUGAAAUCUACUUGGCCCCUCUCAGCCCCAUCAGCUGCAUGUCCCACAACUAUAAAAGUUCCACCAGCACUUACCCUGUCAUCCCCAGUCAAAUCUGCCAGUGACAUAGCGUCCUCAUCCCCCAUCCGUUCUUACAGGACUAUGCCCUCACCCAUUAAAACUGUAGUCCAGCAGGGUCAGUACCCUGUCCAGGGAUCUACCAGCCUUGUGUCCUCUGGAAGUCCAUGCAAACCUGCCACUGAUCCAGCUUCUAUCAAAAGUCUUGCUUCAGCAUAUACAUCAAGGACUUCUCCACUUCACGCAAUGCCCAAUGGUUAUAUACCAGAAAAGUCUCCAGCUCCUGUUCCUUCUACAGCAUCACCAAAGACAUCGUACAGCAUGUACAGUUCUAAUCUACCUUUUAAAACUGCCCUUGGGUCCACAGUUGUGACAGAUGCAGGGGCGCAUACCCUGUCUUCUGUUAAAAGCAUCUCCAGUCUGUCCUCUUUGAAAACCUCUGUAGACUCAACACUCUCAUCCCGUGGAGGGAGGACAUCCAUCUCAUCUCUCUCUUCCACUGGCCAAACAACCAUUGCUUCUUCAGAAUUGUCCAUGAUGAAUGGAUCUGUCUCACCUGUAAAAUAUCCAUCCUCUUCGUCCACUCCAUCCUCCCCUUCUUCACGCCUUAUUUCAGAGAGAAGUAGCAGCCUUCAAGAGAGGAUCCAGGCCACCACCCAGGCAGCAACCUCUGGUGUCAGCGCAGCCAUAAAUGAGGCUAUUGACUCGUACUCUGUCUCAGGCUAUGGCACUCUUAAGUCACUGUCGUCCUCGCGUAGAUCUGCAACAGCAAGCUCUGCUUAUGGUUCUCUGAGAUCUGUAGCUGCCUCCCCAAACACGGCAGUUUCGUCUAAUACAAUGACUGUGCCUGUCUAUUCACUGGUUAAUGUCAUCCCAGAGACCCCUGCCAAACCAGGACCUGGGUCUCUUAAGAUGGCUCUUCCCGACCCCUCUCGCACCUCAUCAUCUCCAUCUUCCUCUUUGUCUUCCUGUGUUACUACAACAAAAAUAAAUUCCCAGUUAAAAUCCCCUCCAUUUAUCACACCACCCAUUAUCCACCCAACUGCAGCUUCUAACCAGGAGAUAUUGAAAGAUGUAGCAGACAUGAAACAAGAUCUGAUUAGGAUGACAGCUAUUCUGCAGACAGACACACAGACUGCAGCUAAAACUGUCCAAACCUCACAUACUGGCACUCCCAAAGAGACUAAGUUAGAGGAAGAGGAGCCAUAUACUCUAGUGGAGAAAGUAAAAGAAGAUUUAGUCAAAGUCAGUGAGAUAUUACAGAAAGAUAUCAUUAGUGAAGCUAAAGAAAGAGCCUCGGAGGACGAAUGGGAAGAAUUUUCCAAAGAUGAGAUUGAAGAGGCACAAAGAAGUGCCAUCUCAGACUUUUACCCUCCUUUUGAUGAACACACACUUUUACUUAAGCACCAGUCAAGCAAAGAGUUAGACUUGGCUAAAGUAGUAGACUUUUUAACAAAUGAUAUCGGUGCUAGCUCUCUCUCAAAAAUGGCAGAGCUGAAAUGUAAGUAUGAGGAAGAGGCAAAAAGGGAUGGGGAAGAGAAACAGAAACGUGUUCUCAAGCCAUCCAUGUCAAUACAGGAGCACAAACUCAAAAUGCCUCCACCAGUUUCAGGCAUGCUCAGAUCUCCCUCAGAGAAGGACCUAAGCAAACUUGCUGAGUCAUAUCAAGGGUCGGACACUAUAUUGGAAUCGCCAGAGGAUCUGUCUCAUGAGCAGGAUAAGAGUCCUCUGUCAGACAGUGGGUUUGAGACCAGGAGUGAAAAGACACCCUCUGCUCCCCAAAGUGCAGAGAGCACAGGACCUAAGCCUUUAUUCACAGAUUCCCCUAUCCCCCCCUGCGUAACAGAGACCAGGACUGAAGUAGUCCAUAUUAGGAGCUACGAGCAGCCUGACGAGCUUUGUGAGCCCGGACUAAUGGAAGAGGCUGCAACUGCUCUCCCUGCCAUAGAACCACCUGAAGCAAUUUCAGCAAGCUCCAGCAAAGCCCUGCAGAUGAAAAUGCCUGAAGAGGACUCAAUGAAAAGCAUGUGUCUUAAAGAGGAAACCCACAUUACUACUACUACCAGGAUGGUCUAUCACAAGCCCCAACUGACUGAUGGUGCAGAGAUGAUAGAGGAGGCAAUGUCAGUUAGAGAUAUCAUGAAAGCUUUCCAGUCAGGUAGGGAUCCAUCUAAAGAUUUUGCAGGCCUUUUUGAACACAAAGCUAGCCAGGAUUCUGUCAAAGGUGAUGAGCUCACUCCUAGAUUUCUUGACAGAGACGUUAAAUCCAAACCCAAAGUUGAAAGGAUAAUUGAGGUUCAUAUUGAGAAGGGCCACAGCACUGCAGAACCGACUGAGGUCAUUAUCAGAGAAACCAAGAAACACCCCGAGCUUUAUGUUUACAAAGGUGAUCGGGGGAUAAAGGAACUGACUGAUUAUGAUGAAGCCCAACAAGAAGAAGAUGAGCUUGCUGUUGAAGAAUCCCUGCCCACCUUCCUGGAAACAUCUCGUGUUAAUACUCCGGUGUCACAGGAAGAAGACAGUCGUCCGAGUUCUGCUCAACUCAUAGCAGAUGAUUCAUAUAAAGCACUUAAAUUGUUGAGCCAGCAGUCCAUAGAAUACUGUGACGAUGAGCUAUCAGAGAUCCGAGGCGAGUCGUACAGGUUUGCUGAGAAAAUGCUUCUCUCUGAAAAACUUGAUGCGACAUCACUGAGCCACUCUGACACAGAGGAUUCAGCACUGGUUUGUGACAAAAUCCGCCACCCGGGUACUGAAGAAAGUAGUAGCCGUAGCAUUGAGGGUGCAAGUCAACAGCAAGGAAGCCCCAAAAGAGAGUUUGUCUCAAAGUCAUCAAAAGAUGGGUCUCCUAAAUCUGCUAAAUUCCUGCACAGGGAUGAUCCAUCUCAGUUUGAUAAGGUAACAGUGCUCCAUUACUCCACAGAACAGGGCAGCCCUAAACAUGCAGUUUGGAUGCGUUUUACAGAGGAUAAACAUGACAGGAGCAGGGAUAAGUUACUUUAUGAGGAUAGGGUGGACCAAACUGUAAAGGAAGCUGAAGAAAAACUCAGUGAGGUCUCACAGUUCUUCCGUGAUAAAACGGAAAAGCUCAAUGAUGAGCUUCAGUCUCCUGAGAAAAAGCCUAUAAAGCGAGAGCUCAAGGAUCCCAGGUCUUGGCCUAGCUCACCCAGCAGCAGCCCAGAGAAAACCCAGCAGAAACCCAAAGCAGAAGAGGUGUUCAGUAAAAGCAAACUCAGGGAGCCUUCAGUUGGUAAAAUGUUUGGCAGCACCACAGCAGCUGAAAAGAAAAGCUCUAGUCUACCAAGCAGCCCACAGAAAACUGUUCUCUCUCAUACUAGUGAGGAUAAAAUCAAACAACAGACAAAGUCCUGUGUGUCUGAACCCUCCUCUCCUGCUCAUGUAAAAUCAACAUCCAAAGUGAGUGAAGUGAGAAAGAAGUUUGAAUCGGAGGCUCAGAAAGUUAGUCAAAGUCAGGCUAGUCCAGCCAAAAUUCCUCCUCCAGUACAGCCAAAACCGUCAAUAAAGAAAUUGCAGGAGAGCAAACUUCCCGUUUAUCAGUUUUUUGCAGGAGGAAAAGUGUCAAAAGCAUCUGAAACUUCAGAAGAAGUAAGCCCAAAAAAGGAUGCUGAGAAGGACACAAAUGGAAGUAAACCUGGUUUGAUAUCAGCAUGCCCAAAAGUCCCAAAACUAGACAAGCCACCUAACAAAAACAUCCCAGAUGCCUCUGUACAAAUCAGUGAAACCAAGACAGACAAAGUAAGCACUAAAGGGAAGGAUAGUCCAUCCAGUGCAACUCAGGCAAUUAAAGAAAGCAAUAAAAGUCAGAAAGCUCAAUCACCUAUAAUUCCUGACAGUGCUAAAAUUCCAGAAAAAGCCACUGACAGUAAAAAAUACCAACAAAUUACAAAAAGUGAAAGUGCUUCCAAAGAAAUUAUAACUGAGCUAUUCAAAAAGGAUGCAGAGGAAACACUAAAUAAAAAUCUUAGAAAAAAGACAGAAUCUCAAAUUCCUGUUAGAAAUACAUCCCUCUCUUUAGAUAAUGACCUCACUAAGAAACCAACAAUAACUAGACCCUCACAGAUACCAACACUACCUAAAACCAAAGUACAAAGUCAUGAGACAGUCCCAGCCAAAACAGAUCUAACCUUUGAAAUUCUUGAUAAUGCACCCAAAGAUUCAAAUUCCAAUAACCUUCCUAGCCCCAUAGAAAUGUUGGAGAAAGCCAUUACACCUCCAGCUGCUACAACAACCAGAGAGAACUUCAAGGGCAUAAAAACAUUACCUGUUUAUGUUGGCGUUCAGGUGGGUAGACAGGCAGAGAGGGAAGCUAAAGGAGCACUGUACAAUGUCAAACAAAAAUCAAACUUAGCCCUAAGCCCCAUAAGCCCAGAUGAUGACACACUAGAGCAGGUUUCUUUCAUUGACAGCUCGGGAAAAAGUCCCAUUACACCAGAGACUCCCAGCUCAGAGGAGGUCAGCUAUGAUCUCACAUGCAGGACCCCCGAUGGCUUUAUGGGAUUCUUGCCAGGGAAACCAAGCCCCAUCAUGGAGGUAUCUGAGGAAUCAGAGGGAGAUGACCAGGGCAAGGUUUUCUCUUUUAAAGAGGCCCUACCAGAAAGUAAAACCAGUAUUUACUCUACCCAAGCAGACAUAGCUAAUGCCAAUAAGGAAGAAAUAAAAACUGAUAAUCAACACGAGUUGAGCAUCAGCAAUUUAAACCAACAUGAAAGAGUCACUGGCAUGCAUGACGAAAUAACAGGACAGGAGAAGCAACAAGCAUCAAAAGACAAAGGUAUUGCAUAUAUUGAGUUCCCUCCCCCUCCUCCUCUGGACUCAAGUUCAGAAAUGUCAGACCCAGAGAGAAAAGGUUCCUGUGCUUCUUCCGAGACCGAGACGGAAAUGAUGGAGGUGAAUUUGCAGGAAGAACAUGACAAGCAUUUCCUGACCGAGCCAAUUAUACGAAUACAGCCCCCAUCCCCAGUGCCCCCUGGGGCAGAUGACAGUCAGUCAAAUGCUGAUGAAGAGGAUGAUGAAUCAAUCUUCCAACCCAUUCCUUGCAAGAAAUUCACUUCUAAAGUUUCUGAGGAGGAGGACAAAAAGAAAGAGAAGGAAAAGGCAUCUAAAUCCAAAAAACAUGACAAAAAUGGAAAUGGGCCCAAUGGUGGCACCAAUGGCACAAAUGGUUCUAGUAAUGGCUCAAAAGUUUCAAAUGGCAAAGGAGAGGACUAUGAAUGUGAACAAAAUGGAAAUGACCAGUCAAUUACAGACUGUUCAAUUGCUACCACGGCUGAAUUUUCCCAUGACACUGAUGCGACAGAAAUAGACUCCCUUGAUGGAUAUGAACUCCAAGAUGAAGAUGAUGGCCUGUGUGAGCAGGCAGACUUACGGCUGUUUGGUCUUCCAGACAGCCGGAGAGAUGUCUGGGCAACAGAUACAUUUAGGUCCUCUGAUCGCUCUUUUCCCCAGACUAAACUGGAGGUUAUUGAAGAGGAAAAAACCCCAGAGGAAUGUCAAAAGGAUAUUAUUGGUAAAGAGAUACCCUCAAAUGGUGGAAAGACUGAUGGUGUUAAUAAAGAUGGAGCUAAAAGUCAGGAACAAAAACAUUCAGAUAAAGAGGGGUUUUCAGACACUUACUUUAGUUAUAAGAUAGAAGAGGAGUUUAAUUCUCCUUUUAAGACUGUUGCCACCAAAGGGCUGGACUUUGACCCUUGGCCCAGUAAAGGUGGAGAAGAGGUCGUUGAUAUGGGAGGGACACGGGGAAACAAUGGUGAGCCUAAGCCUUUUGGACUGGCAGUCGACGACCAGUCCCAGGCCACAACACCAGACACUACCCCAGCCCGAACUCCAACGGAUGAUAGCACGCCGACGAGCGAGCCAAAUCCAUUCCCCUUCCAUGAAGGGAAGAUGUUUGAGAUGACACGCAGUGGUGCGAUUGACAUGAGCAAGAGGGACAUGGUGGAGGAGAGGCUCCAGUUUUUUCAGAUUGGCCCUCACAGUCCCUGUGAGAGAACAGACCUCCGCAUGGCGAUAGUAGCUGACCACCUUGGACUCAGUUGGACUGAGCUGGCCAGGGAGCUGGAUUUCUCUGUGGAUGAGAUCAACUUGAUCAGAGUGGAAAACCCCAAUUCCCUGACGGCACAGAGCUUCAUGCUCCUAAAGAAAUGGGUGCACAGGGACGGUAAAAAUGCCACAACGGAUGCUUUAACCGCGGUGCUGACUAAGAUCAAUCGGUUGGAUAUUGUGACUUUGCUGGAAGGGCCCAUAUUUGACUACGGUAACAUUUCAGGCACACGCUGCUUUGCCGAUGAUAACGCAGUAUUCCCGGAUCAGUCCGAUGGCUACGACAAUAUAGAUCUGGAGCUCCAAACCCCCUCAGACCUCAACUACGUGCCCCCAACCCCACUGCGCUCAGACGACUUCUUUAGCGAGGGCGAUCCUUUAGUAGAAUCCCAUAACAAGUCCACGCUUACUAGACCUAGCGACCUCUCUCUCACUCAGACCACCAGCACCUCCAGCAGCGACCCCCUCACAGUGGCCCCGGGUCCAGGCUCCACUGCCACAGAGCUACCCAUUGCUGGGCCUGAAGAUACAGAAACUGAGAUGUUUACCGAAGAAAAAACAGGAUUGGUGUGUGUAGAGAGGCCAGAUAAUGACAGACGGUUGGUAGAGCAAUCAGGAAAGGAGACAGAAGAAGUAAAAGCAGGAGAACAUCUUGUUUUGGAGAGUCAGGGAGGGGCCGUAAAAGAGAAGGCUACCGCAGACACUGGUCUUGGAAAUGGAGUGGAGGAAGAAGAGGAGGAGGAAAUGACGCAGGAGAGGUUGCAGAGUCUGCUGGAGGAUAUAAAGCUGGAAGAGGGCAUGGAGGAAGAGGAGGUGUCAGAGGAGCUUGUGAAUGCCAUCCUUGAACAAGUACGGAAAGCAGAAAAAGACAUUUAUUCAGUUCCAGGCAGGAGCAGUGAGACGUCUGGCGCAAUCGGGGAGUCAGCAGCCCCUGGCCCUGUUCCGGGCUCUGAGGAGGGCAGCCCCGACAGUCUAGCUGAUUCGCUGGAGGAGCCCCAGGUUCAGACCAACAAACAGAAUGGAGGUCAGACUGAAGCAGCCAGGGAAGGCAUGGAAAAGGUGCCCAGGAGGAAGGAAUCCCAGGAGGACAGCAGCACAGCGGGACCAAGCAGAGGAGACAAGGACGGAGGCAACAGGUCCCAGCACAAAGUCCAGGGAGAGGAGGCCAGAAACAUUCCUGGAGACUCUGUGACAGAGGAGCAGUUCAUAGAUGAAGAUGGGAAUCUGGUCACCAGAAAAGUGAUCAGAAAGGUUGUACGCAGAGUGUUCAGCUCAGAGGAAAGGAGGCAAAGUGAAGGCGAAUUUAUUGCAGCAGAAGAACCUGCUGCUGCUGGUGGGGGAGGUGUUGGUGGUGGUGUAGCCUCAGGUGGAGCUGACACUGCUUCUUCAUCAGGAGCGGCAGCAAGAGCCACGGGGGGGAAGGGCAAGAAGAAGGGGAAGCGCUCCCGACACGGCCACAAGGAGGAGCCUCAAAGAGUGAAAACUGAGCCUGGAGACGGUGCCAACAAGAAACCAGGGAGGAAGAGUCAAUCGUAACAGUAGAGCUCUCAACUACAACUGGUCCAUGGACAUCCACCUGUGACCCCCCACACACGACCCUGGGAGGAAAAACAGACCAGAGCCAAUGAAACCGGGAGCCAACACGUGUCUGAAGCUUUCGCUUUACAACGCAUGGUUUUCAGCAAGACAACACGUUACUUUUCUUUGAUUUCGCAUGAGCAUGUCACCAAACUCACUCACUGUUGGAAAACAACACCGAAGGACACGCAUGGACGUGAGCUGGAAACUUCUUUAACCUUCGGCGAAUGAAAGGCGUCUGUGACCAAAGACGGCAGAAACAGCGGGGGAAAAGACUUCACUCUCUCAGACACUCGCCUUGUAUGGCUUUAUUUUUUCCUCCUGCACUCACAGUAUUGGGGUGCACCAUGUGGUUCUUUUAUAAAACAAAACAAAACAAAGGAGAUAUAAUAGUACCUGGGUGUUUUUGUUGUACAUAAAUGACACUGUAUAAAAUCUUUAAAAAAAAAAGAAUUGGUAGCUUCACAGAUUGUUUAUGCACUGAUUUGAGUUGAUGAAGCUUUGCAGAGCCAGUGCAUUUGUAUUGAGAGGUCGACACUUUUCGUGCAGCCUGGAGUGUGUCUUCUGACGUGCUCUUCCCAAAUAUAAAAAGGAACAAAAAAAAGCUGUAUGUGAAUGAAACGAAUGGAGAAAAAAAAUUAUGCUUGAUUUUCAACAGAGGACAUUUUCUUUAAAGCCAACAGCUACUCUGCUCUGUCUGAGGGACAUUCUUCAGAGAAAUGAUAUUUUGCUGCAUGUGAUGUCACUUUAUUUUUAACGCUCUCCUUUCUUUCUCUUAAUUCAAAGCACUGUAAUACAACUUAGAGAGGGUGUGAUGGUACUUCUGUCUGUGUGAGCACUCAUAGUAACCCAAACAUCUGUCAUCUAUAACUGUUUUUUUUUUAUUUAAUUUCUUUUUCUUUUUUUACAAAUGAAAUGACACUCCACAUCCUAGUGGCAACAUAGUACAGCAUCCUUCUUAUGCAACAGGAAAGUACUGACACUGUCCAAUGCAUCUUUCAGACUAGCACAUUGUUAGCUCUAGACCGCUAGCAACGCUGUGUGUAUGUGUGUGUGUGUGUUUAACAUUAAAAAAAAAAAUCCAUGCAUACUAGAAGUGUAUGUUUAAACUUUUAGUUCUACUGUGGUUUUUAAAAGGGGACUUUUACUUUGAUGAUUUUUAUCUUGUUUAUUUGCUUCUAUUUACACGAGAACAGAGAAUCUCAUUUUUAGCCCCAUCACUCAAAUCUAAAUCUUUGUAAUCACACACAAAUCACUGUCAGUUAUUAAAAAUGUGACUUUCUGUUCAUGUGUAAAUCGUUUUUCUGUUUUGUUUUGUUUUUCAUAUGAAUCCACCCUAAGCAUCCAUUGUUGAUAAUAAAUCUGGUACCGACAUGUAUGACAAACCAACAUAGCCUACACUGGAUGAUCCAAGUAAUUAUUUAAGCAGAAAAAUAAAUUGUGUUUAAACUGAA